UAAACAACUACAGUUUUGGUGACGGAUGAUGGUUGUUUUGGUGCUGCAGCCGUUUCGCAGUGCAUUUACGCGUAUCGCAGGUAACAACAACAAUAUUAAAUACACAAGCAAUUUUACUAUGCAUUCAUUAUUGCAAGUACUGCUUUGCUUUAUUUUUUGGAGCGUUUGCCACGGAAAACCAUAUGAUGGCAAGAAGGAAUUCCACGAUGGAGAAAAGUGCGGUUACGAGUUUUGUCCUAAAGGAAAACCAAAUAUGCUCAAUGUUCACAUUGUGUCGCACACUCACAACGAUCUCGGGUGGCUGAAAACGGUGGAUCAGUAUUAUUACGGAGCAAAAAGCAGCGUACAGAUUGCUGGAGUGCAGUACAUUUUGGAUUCGGUGGUGGAGGCACUAUUAGCUGACCGUCGGAGGCGCUUCAUUUACGUGGAAACGGGAUUUUUCUGGAGAUGGUGGCUGCAGCAGGACGAUCAGAUGCAUCACACAGUGCAUCGUUUGGUCAAUGAAGGACGACUGGAAUUUAUCAGUGGAGGAUGGAGUAUGAACGAUGAAGCCGCUUGUCAUUAUGCUUCGAUUGUGGAGAAUUUCGCCUGGGGAUUGCGAAAAUUAAAUGAUACCUUCAGUUCCUGUGGUAGACCGAAAAUCGGCUGGCAGAUUGACCCGUUCGGACAUUCCAGAGAACAUGCAUCAAUUUCCGCUAAGAUGGGCUUCGAUGGCCUUUUUCUGGGGCGCAUUGAUUACCAAGAUAAGGAGAAACGACAAUUAACAAAAACCAUGGAGCACAUCUGGGAAGCGAACCCCGCACUGGGCAGUGAUGCCGAUAUUUUCACCGCUAUUUUACCGAACGUCUAUUACCCACCGCCCUCCUUCUGCUUCGACCUCCUUUGCUCAGAUCCGCCGAUUAUGGAUGAUCCUAGACUGGAAGAUUACAACUUGGAUGAAAGAGUUAGCACAUUUAUGAAGCUUAUCAACGAGCAGGCGCAAAACUUUUCCACAAACCAUUUGAUUGUAACAAUGGGGAACGAUUUCAACUACCAGCAAGCACAUGUCUGGUUUAAAAAUCUGGACAAGCUUAUCAAGUACAUAAACGAGAAGCAAAAUAAUGGAUCGAAUAUGAAUCUCUUUUACUCGACUCCGUCAUGUUAUUUGUACGCGCUUAAUCAAGCCAACGUGACAUGGACAACUAAGGCUGACGAUUUCUUCCCCUAUGCAUCCGGAAAUCACACCUACUGGACUGGCUACUUCACCAGUCGACCCGCACUCAAAGAAUGGAAGCGAGAGAGUUCCGCUUUCCUGCAAACCUGCAAACAAAUAGAUGCUUUGGCGCAGCUUGGUCCUGAAGAUCAAAAAGAUGUCAAUAUUUUGCGGGAAGCGCUAGGCGUCGCACAGCAUCAUGAUGCAGUAACUGGCACCGCCCGACAGGACGUCACGGACGAUUAUGCCGUGCAGCUUCAUCGGGGAAUUGUGGAAUGCCACGAAGUGGUCAAAGCCGGCAUCAAUAAGCUGUCCAACACAUCGGCUGAUUACAAAUUUUGCACGCUGCUGAACAUCAGUCAAUGCAAGCAUACGGAAAAAUUUACCGAGAUUCAAAUUUUAGUAUGGAACCCCAUUGGUAGAACGCGUAAUGCACAGAUUCAUUUGCCUGUGGAAGAUGCAACAUACAAAAUCAGUGGAGCCGGUGGAGUGGACAUCCCGUACCAGAUCACUCCGUUGUCGAAGGAUGUUUUAUCCAUUCCCGGUCGCAACACCACUGCCACGCACGAGAUAUCUUUCAGAGCGAGGCUUCCGCCCAUUGGCUACAGCACAUGUUUGAUUCAAAAACUCGCCAAAAAGGAGAAAGACGAAGCUCGCCGAGCUGAAGUAUUUGCAAAAAGGGCGAAGCGAUCGGCAGUAGAUGACCGCGAUUUCACCAUCCAGAAUGACUUCAUUUCUCUGACCUUUGAUCAAGUCACUGGGUCGCUGAAAUCACUAACGAACCUAGAGACGCAGACGACACUUGCCAUCAACCAGACAUUUGGAUAUUACGAAGGUUCUGUUGGUAACAACACGAAGGAAGACUGGAGAGCGACCGGCGCAUACAUAUCUCGCCCGAACUGUGCAACAGGAAAAAAGAAUCAAAACAGCGGCGAUGAUGCAAGCAGUUGUCUGCGACUAUUGACCGGAAACGAGACUUACGAGAUUGUGAAGGGACCUUACGUCCAGGAAGUGCGGCAGUACAUCAAUACCUGGGUUUCUCAGACAGUUCGGUUGUUGUCUGGCUCCAGACAUGUGGAUUUUGAGUGGCAAGUUGGUCCUAUACCGCUCAGUGACGGCAUUGGAAAGGAAGUUGUAUCGCGAUUCGAGACAUCUCUCAGUUCUAAAGGGACGUUCUAUACGGAUUCCAAUGGACGGCAGACUAUCAAACGCACCCGGAAUUUUCGCCCAACGUUUGAGCUCAGUAAUACGGAGCCAAUCGCAAGCAAUUAUUAUCCAGUCGUGAAUUCCAUUUUCUUGGAAGAUGAGGAGCAAGGAAAUCGCUUAACAGUUUUGACCGAUCGUCCGCAGGGCGGCAGCAGUCUUAAAGAUGGUCAACUGGAGUUAAUGGUUCAUCGACGCCUGUUAGUGGACGAUUGGUUGGGUGUGACGGAACCCUUAAACGAAACAGGAAUGGGGGAAGGGCUGGUCGUUCGCGGGCGGCAUCACCUGAUAUUCACGAAAAGCGCUAAAUCUGCCAGAAGACAUCGAAUGCUUGUGCACGAUCACUACGCUGCUCCGUCCAUUCUUUUCAACACCGUUUCCGACAAACAGGAAAAACAGUCCUCCUAUUCAGCCGUAUCGGUUUCGCUGCCGGAUAAUAUCCACUUGUUGAGCUUGGAGCAAUGGAAAGGUUCAAGCUUGCUGAUCCGUUUAGAACACAUUUUUGAGCCAGAUGAAGACCCCGUUCUCUCGCAGCCGGCCACUGUUGACUUACAAAACAUUGUACGCGAUAUGAAGAUCACUGCUGUGCAGGAAAUGACGAUCGACGGUAACAUUCCCCUCGACAGCGUCCAUCGUCUUAACUGGAACAAGGUCGAUGAGAGGCAACCAAAAGUGCCGGAAGUAGGAAAUUUCGAGAAAACCGACGCAUCCACGACGGUUACAUUGAAAGCAAUGGAAAUUCGCACUUUCCAACUACAAGUACAGACGGCGAACUAAAGUUACUGUUUUAUUCUCACUGACGGCGCGAACUAAAGCUUAGUUUGUUCGCAUUGGUGGCCAAGCGCACGGUAUGACAAAAUUACGAUUAAGUAUUCUACCUUUACGUGUUUGAGUGCAUUGCGGUAGAAGCCGCAAAUUUCGCAGAAUGUUUGGUUGAUGCGUAACAGCCAGGGUGGUCUGUUUGUUUUACGAAAAAUGUCAUUAAGGUCACUGAAUUUGUGUAAUUUGUUUUGGUUGUAUAAAUCGUCAGCUCAGUCAAAAAUAAAAGAAAACUGAUAUUA